AUGGAUGAAGAACUGCCUUCGCCCCCACUUUCAAAGAGCAGCAAUUCAUCAAAAGUGGAGCGCACCGUUUUUUGUCCGUUGUCUACAAUCUACGAACACGCCGAAAGGCCGUGGAUCAGAUGUACUCCUAUGCUGUGCGAUCGGCGGGUUGAAGACUCGAUCUGGUCGGACCGACUGAACGGAACACAGCUGAUGGCCAGGGAUCAGAGUAAGUGA